AAGGUGUUUAGAAGAGUUUGUUUGAGAGUUUUAUGACUCAUACCUUUGUUAUGCAUUGUGUUUGGCAUCUGAUACAUGCCCAUGUCUUACACCGAACGCAUGUGGUUACAUUCGAUCGCUUCCAUUUUCUUAAAUUGUUACUGGUGUUUAUGUGUUAAUGUCGUGUCUGAUGUCAGAACAGCUCUUGAAAAUAGAAUAGCUUAAGGAAAUAAGUAAUAUAGAGUUAUCCCUCGUUCUCUCGACCAUUGUACAAACUGUUUAAUCAUGCAGACUAUGUGCAGUGUUGUUAAAUGGCGGCAAUGGCAUGGCAGAUUUUUGAACAAUAGCCAUAGGUAAUCUUUGAAGGAAUGCCCGCCAUGCCAGCAUCAUAGGCUGCAAUGGCAUGUUUAUAUGGUAGAUUUUUGGCCUUCCGCCAUCGAGAACACUACUUAUAUAGUUGUAUGAGAAGAGUUUAUUAAGCUGUUGAAUAAAACACUCCCUUAAUAUGUCUUUCUUUGUUUUCAUGUAAAUGGUUAAUGUCCUUGCUGGGUACUAUAUUAGAAAAUAGAAACCUAUAGUUAUUAUGUUGCCAUUUGCAUUAUUAAUUUCUGCUAUUUUGUGGGCUAUUUACCUGCUUAGAAUUAGAUAACAUGUUUAGUCUAAGCAAAAUUUAAGGAACAGGGUCAAAAUUUAAAUUAGUCUAAGCAGCAUGUUAAGAAAGUUUGUAUAUUUGAGGAACAAGGUCUUCUGAUUCUUAUGGUAGGGUUGUUUGGUAUAUCUGACUCAUUUAAUUUCUUUGUUUACCAUUUUUUGAAGAUGAGACUUUUUUAGCAUAAUCUGGAGAACAUAUGUAUGACAUUUUAUUUUGCUUUCUCCCCUUCCCUGUUACCAUGCUCAUUUGAAUCCUCAUCCAAACUUCUGUAUCUUAUCUCAUUCCAAUCAAGUAUGCUGAAAAUACUUGAUCGUUUACAGGAACAGACAUUUGAAUAUUGUUAUGACAGUUGGGCCUCAUGACUUCUGUCAUCACUUGGUGAAACAAUGUUAACGAUAUCAUUAACCAACAAAAAAAGGAAAUGAAUGCCUCAAAUGCAGUGCAUCCAUCAGGUUUGUAUUUGAGGCGAUGGCAUACAUUUUCGCAGUUUUACUUUUGCAAUUUAACAUGGAUCAGUGUUUCUAUGAUCUCUGAUAUGAACUGUAGUGCUGUAGAAAGUUUGAUGUGACCUUGCUUGAUUAGCAUUUAGCGGUUAGGUAUUUUGUUGCUUGGGAUCGAACAACACUGUGAAAAAUGUAGUUCUUCAGAGCAUUUUGAAAAGAAUGUGUUGGGAUGCUUUUAUUUACUGAUCAUAUCUGAAGGAAUACAUUUAUUGAUUGUGGCUGCCGAUGAAAACCAUUGUUGAUCUGGAUAGUAGAGCCAUAAUCAUUCAUCACUCUGUUUUCUGCAUUAGUUGAAUUGAAAAUUAUUAUUGAUGAUGUAAAAUGUGGUGCUAGCUCAAUGGUAAGAGGGUAACUAUUUCUGUAAGCACUCUAUUUGAGACUCCUCUUAAGGUUUGUAUUUUAUUGAUGCAUAAGCACGGCAUAAUAUUUGGCUGGUGCUGUCCUUUCUGAAGUUGCAUCUUUUUUCUGUAUGCCAAAAUUUAUAUGUGUUGUGGUUCUGAUUGUUUGCAUUUUAGCAAAAUAUUUGAGCGACAAUUUAUGAUUCAAAGUAGAUACAGUAAUAUAGUUGUGGUUUGUUUAAUCUAAUUGUAGACAGAUAUCUUUAUUUGGUGCCAAAAGUAGUAAUGAACGAUCACAGAUAUUGGCAAGCAAAGAGGAAAGUAUGUUUUUGAUUAAUUUGUUUGAUAUGUUAUGAUGAAGUAAAAGAUGCUGAUUGUGUUCUCCAUUGACUUAUGACAACAUCUAUGUCAUAACAAAAAGAACAAACAAUUUGAACAAGGACAACAGUGGGAAGGCAAUCUGCGAAUAGCUUGAAUCCGUGAAUGAAUGGAGGGUAGCUUAUUUUUUAGGAGCUAACCCUGGUUCCUCUUCCUUGUGCUUAUUACUUGCUCCAUAAGAAUGACCCAAAUACAAAAAUAAGAAAAGGGUUAUGCUAACAUGUGUCACAUGUUUAUGAUUCCACAUUCGGCCCUUCAUCAUCUUGGACCAACUUGAUUAAUUAAAGAUCUUCUUCUUCUAGGUUUAGAUCGACGUUGAGUAAGUUGUUAAUUUUUUGUCCAAAAGUUUUUGCCCAAGAGGGCGUGCUAUCUAUAUCGUCUAAAAGAGUACACUGGUGUACUGAAUAUCAACUUUUUCUUCAAAAAAAUCAAUAAUUUUGCAUUAAAAUUGUUGUGGUCAUGAGUUGAAAUGGCUCCCCCAACUCUCUUUCAUGUUUCAAUUCGAGAAUGAUUGAAUUUUGAAAGCAGAAUUUGUAUCAUUCAGCUUUACAUUUUGGGUUGGUGACUUCCAAUAGGGAUAAAAUCAUGAAAAGUUUUAAACAACGGGAGAAUGAUAUCUUAUAUCAUCAUUAUUAAAAAAAAAUUAUAUCUUCUAUCAUACUUAUCUUAACUUGUCAUUAUGACUAAUAUUUCCAUUUUGAUUCGUAAAAGUUAAGUCAAGUAACUAAUGGAGCUCAUAGUACGUAGUUGUUGACAUGUUCACACAGUCCUUUUAAAAUGUAAUAUUUGGAUAAUCACAUAAAUGUUUUUGUUCUAAAAACCUAAUUACUAGUUGAAAGAAAAAAAAGAACUCUAGCAAAUUCUAACGUAAUCCCAAAGUCAUAUUGGUGAGGUUAAGUACAGCUUAAGGAUAAGAUUAGACAUAAAGUUGGGGAAAAAAUGAGUACAGUAAACUUUAUAUGUGCAUAGAUAGAUAUCAGCUCAUAGUGAACUUGGCCUGUAGCAAAGCUAUUUGAUUAGGACACAUUAAGUCCCACAUUUUCCUUCCACCAUAUAAAUCAUCAUCCUUAUCAUGUGACAAACCAAUUAAACUACUCUCUCUGAGCCUCCCUGAAAUUCUGCUCAGAAGAAUAAAAAAACAAUGAAACUUCUUUCUUAAGUAAAGAGUCCCACGUUGUUGUAGUAUCAAUUUCCACCAAUAAAAAAAAAAAAAAAAGGCAAAAUUAAGAUUCAGACACCUUGCAUGUAUGAUACUAUCACUUUACAUCUGAGAAUUCAGCUUGUUACUUUGUCAACAUCAAACAUGCCAAAAAUGUCACAAACACAAUUUAUGACAGAAACUUGCAAGCUGAAGUGAGUUAAAGUGAAGACAAGAUAUGUCUCAAAUGUUGUAGUAGUUUCUUACUUUCUUGUCUUUUCGCCGUUUUCACUGUACCUUUGCUUCUACUCUCUGUCUCUUUUUUUUCCUGCAGUGUGAAGCUUCAUGCUCCUUCUUGUUGCAAAGUUUCUAUCUUUUUUCUUUGCAUUAUUAUAUUGGGUUGGAUUUAUUUGAGUUAUCAAUGCAAUUUUCAAAGGAAAAAGCUAAAAUGGAAACUGGGUCAAGCUUAGAUAUUUUCGAUAAGGGGAAGGUUAUGAGAGGUGUCCGUAACAAGAAGAAACAAGAUUCUAAUGCUAUUAAAAUUGAACCUUUUGUUCCAAGAAGAGAUCACAAUCCCAAAGAAUUGAAGACUUGGGCGAAGAAAACUGGGUUUGUAUCCGAUUACUCCAGUGAAGCUGGGGCUAGUUCAAGUGCGAAUUUGGAUAGUGUUAUUGUUGUUGAUGAUGAUCAUAGAGAAGGAGGUAAUUCUCCUAAGAUAGAGAUUGAUCCGGUUCUUGGCAUUGCGAGGCCGAACCGGGAUGAUGAGAUUGAACUAGAUUCUGAGUCCAAGCAUGGAAUCAGGAGUGAGAAAGACAAGUUUUUGAGGUCAAACUAUGCAUUGAAUGGGACAGUAGGGAACCAAAAUCAGAAGAGGAAAAAUGGUCUUGAAUCUGUUUUGGAUUAUGGUGACAAGAAAAUUGAUUUAAGAGGGAAUGGUGAUACUAACGGAUCAACGGAGAAUUUGAUUAGGGAUGGCAAUGGUCACGGACUUGGAAUCUCUGCGGUUGCUCCAAUGCCAGAGCAAAACAAGGAAGAAGAAGGUGUAAGUGAAGGAGAGGUUAAGGUGAAUCUGUAUAAAGAGGGGGAGGAACCUGCUGAUAGAGGGUGGCACAGGCCUUCUGACAUGAAGUUUGGACUGACAGAAAAUCCUGGUCUUGUACCUCUUGUCUACUAUAGCCUGCAGCACUACUUAUCAUUGAUUGGCUCAUUAGUGUUAAUCCCAUUAGUAAUGGUCCCAACCAUGGGUGGAACAGACAACGAUACUGCUAAUGUGAUUUCUACAAUGCUGUUUCUUUCCGGCAUCACAACAAUUCUCCAUUCGUACUUUGGAACUCGACUUCCUUUAGUUCAAGGUAGCUCAUUUGUGUAUUUAGCACCAGCACUAGUUAUCAUGAAUUCCGAAGAGUUUCGAAAUCUUACACACCAUAAAUUUAGGCACAUAAUGAGGGAACUUCAAGGAGCUAUAAUUGUUGGUUCAACAUUCCAAUGUAUUCUUGGAUUUAGUGGUUUAAUGUCUCUUCUUCUAAGGAUAAUCAACCCAACUGUGGUGGCUCCAACUGUUGCUGCUGUAGGUUUAGCAUUUUUCAGUUAUGGCUUUCCACAAGCUGGCACUUGCAUGGAAAUUAGCAUUCCACAAAUAGUUUUGGUUCUAAUAUUCACUCUGCAUCUUCGAGGAAUAUCGAUCUUUGGAAACCACUUGUUUCGAAUUUACGCUGUUCCAUUAAGUCUUACAAUAAUUUGGAUAUAUGCCUCAUUUUUAACAGCUGGAGGAGCAUAUAACUACAAAGGAUGCAAUCCCAAUAUCCCUAGUUCAAACAUUCUGAUUGAUGCAUGCAAAAAACAUGCUUAUACAAUGAAGCAUUGCAGGACAGACAUAUCAAAUGCAUUGUCAACUUCCUCGUGGCUCAGAAUUCCGUACCCUUUACAAUGGGGUUUCCCUAUUUUCCAUUUUAGGACUUGCAUAAUCAUGGUCAUUACGUCAUUGGUUGCCUCUGUGGAUUCUGUUGGAACUUAUCAUAGUUCAUCUCUGAGAAUUAAUUUGAGGCCUCCAACCCCAGGAGUUGUGAGCCGUGGAAUUGCAUUGGAGGGUUUCUGUAGUAUAUUGGCAGGGCUUUGGGGUUCAGGAACUGGAUCAACUACAUUGACAGAAAAUGUUCACACAAUUGACAUAACAAAGGUGGCAAGUCGGAGAGUAGUAGAACUUGGAGCAGCCUUCAUGAUCCUCUUCUCAUUUAUGGGAAAGGUCGGUGCUCUUCUGGCUUCUAUUCCACAGGCCCUGGCUGCAUCUGUACUGUGUUUCAUGUGGGCUCUUAUUACUGCAUUAGGUCUCUCAACAUUACAGUAUGGCCAAUCAGGAAGCUUUAGGAACAUAACAAUAGUUGGUGUUUCAUUGUUCCUUGGUUUAUCCAUCCCCGCCUAUUUUCAACAAUACCAGCCUCAAUCCAGUUUGAUAUUGCCCUCGUAUCUCGUACCAUACGCAGCUGCUUCCAGUGGACCAUUCCAUUCAGGCAUUAAACAACUUGAUUUUGCAAUCAAUGCCCUGAUGUCCUUAAACAUGGUGGUUACACUGUUCGUGGCAUUCAUACUGGAAAACACUGUCCCUAGAAGUUCUCAAGAACGCGCAGUAUAUAUAUGGACGCGACCUCAAGACAUUGCGACUGAUCCCUCACUGGCAUCUGCAUAUUCUAUGCCAAGGAAAGUUUCUAGAUGUUUCUGUUGGGCAAAAUGGUUAGGAGUCUGAUUACAAGGUUAUCUAUUGAGUUCUUCUAUUCAACUAGGAUGCGAACGUAGUUGGGAUAUUAGCUACCAUAGUGAUGCUUUUUCCUGCUGAUAUUCGGUUAAAAAAAGGGAGCAUAGAAGAUAUAGAAGCUUAUGAAGAAUAAAAGCAUAUAAAUGGAUUGAAUAACAGUAUACCAAAUAGGAAAUAGUAUAGCACUGAUUACUCACUUAUACAUGAUUCUUUUGAUCACUUGAUAAUUCAUUUUUUGUAGUUUCUAUCUGUUUGAUAUUUAAAAUAUCAAUAAAUCAAUGACAACGGAGAUAAACCUUGCAACAAAUGUAUAGUGAUAGUGUAUAGGCUGAACCUCCCAGUCACACACUUAUUUUAUUUGAGGAUAUUUAAUUGUUUAAAUA